UAGCCGUGGCUGCGCAGGUUUAUAGUAGUAGGUAGUGAACGCAUCUCUAGAAAUUGUUUACGUUUUGACGGAGAGUGAACUGGGAGUCCUGCCAAAAAGAUUACCAAUAAUAGUGAAUUACACCGUAUUUCUAUUUACUCUGUACAUCAUUUGACAAUGGAGGGCGUUGGCUCCGAAGUGAGCCUUAAGAUUCGAUCUGCAAUUAAAGCAAAAUUGGUGGAACUUGGGACAUACGUAGAUGAAGAACUACCAGACUACAUAAUGGUUUUAGUAGCGAAUAAAAAGACAAAAGACCAGAUGGAUGAUGAUUUGAGUUUAUUCUUAGGACACAAUACAGAACGUUUUACUUCGUGGCUUCAUCAUGUUUUACAGAAAUUGAAUGCAGCGGCCUUAUUACAAGUGACCACACCACAGCCUGAGGAAGGCAAGAAAAAGGAUACUGAGGAAGAAAAGAAGAAAAUGAAAGAAGAUGAGAAGAAGAGGGAGAAAGAUGAAGCCAAAAAAAGAGAAAAGGCUGAGGAAAUGAAAAAAGUCAAAGAUGAAGAGAAGAAAAAAAGUAAAGAAAAAGAUAAGUUGGAAAAGAAAAAGAAACUUGACAGGAAGGAAAAGAACUUGAAGGUAGAAACUAAUGAUGAGGAUGUUGCAGAAAAAGCAAAGAAGUUAAAAGACAAGGAAGGUAAAGAAAAAGUUAAAAAUGGUGGUGAUGAAGAUGAAGGGGACUCUACCAGUGCUGUAGUGGAUGGCCCUCAGGUUGCUACAAAGAAAAUUAAACCUUUAGUGAGGGCAAAAGUAUCUUCAGCUGACAUUUUCAGAGCAGAAGCAGGUGAUGAUGGAAAAGAGGAAGAGGAGGAUGUAGUUGAUGAUAUGCUGGAACUCAGACCUGAAGUUGAUGAACUUGGUCUAGAACUAGCAGAGGAAGAUUCUGCCCCCAAGAAGACCAAAUCAGAACAAAGGAAGAAGAUUGUUGCACCAAGAACCAGUAGUAGCAAAGAUGAUUCUGAGGUGGAACCAAGGCUUGAAUCCAAGGUAAAGAAAUCAAAACAUGGCUCUCCUGCAACACGUACAUCUGCAAAGGAAAGGCUUGGUCGUGUUGUUCCUUCAAAGUCUGAUCAGCCAAAAGAUAAGCCAUCUGUUUUAGAUAGAUUAGGAACUUCAAGCUCAAGUAGUCGACGCAUCAUUAAUUUAAGAGAGGAAUCAAGCUUUCCGCCACGUUCAGAUUCUGAUUCAAAUACUGGGAUGGCACGGGCUGUUUCCAGUGCCAUUUCAUCAGCUCAGAGAUCAGUUUGUGUCCUCCCUGCAUCAUCAUCGUCUGGGAAGAAACUUGAGGCAAGGGUACGUCCUUUGAUGUCAAAGCACAUUGAAUCUAGUCGAGACGAGCACAGCCGGGAAGGAUCUAGUCGUUCGAGUACAAGUAGGGUUGUUUCAGCAGUUGGAGCAGUUUUAAAAAGGUCACAUAAAGAGGUUGAUUCAGAUGAUGAAGAAUAUGAUCCUAAGAAGCCAAUGCUAGGCAGCAUGGCUAGUAAGGUAGAGGUUUUACCAAGACCAAGGCGGUCUGGAGCGAUUCAAGCCAACACGGCACUUAUUUUACGUGCUGUGGCCGAUGCUCAUAAAUCUGUAAAUAAACCAUCUCGAAGACAUGCGGAUAAAGCAGAAAGUCCAAAGAAGAAACAUAAGGGUGAAAUUUAUACACGUAGUUAUCGAGAAAGGGAACAGGCCCAACAAAAAGAAUUGGCAGACAAAGAUUUGAAAUUGCGAAAAAUAGCUAUUACAGUUCCAAAUGCAACUAGAAAAGAAAGUGAGAAACAGCAGCAAGAAGAGACAAUGCUAAUGUCAGAAAUUGGUAGUGUAGUGACAAAACCAGUUGAAAAAAGGAAAGCAGUGAGACCAGUUCCAAUGGAAGAUGAUUAUGAAAUAGAUGAGGGUUAUGAUGUCGAAGAAAUGGAAGGUUUGGAAGAGGGAGAAUACGUUGAUCCCAUAAAUGAGCAGCUAUUGCCGUUAUCUCACCGCAAAGUCCCCAUCCUGUCUGGGGACAAAACAAAAUUUAUAGUAACUUUGGAAGGCCUCGAUGCAGAGGGUUAUCCAGUCCGAACAGAACGUCCAGACAUAAGAUCACGUCUUGGAGCAAGACCAGUACAUAACGAUAGUUUAGAAGAAGUGGAG